AUAUGCCUCUAAGACAGCUUCCAGUCUUGGAAGUCGACGGAGUCAAACUUUGCCAAUCUGCAACGCUGAAUCGUUAUAUGGCGAGGGAAUUUGGUUUAAUGGGAAAAACGAGCAAGGAUGCAUAUUACAUCGAAAUGUUUUGUGACUCAAUGAUGGAAAUUGUAUGGAAAUAUCCCUUUAUGGAGGAAGACGAAAAAAAGAAGGCAGCUCGAGCCGAGGAAUUUAAAAAAACGACUCCUGAAUCCUUGUCUAGACUUCAGAAAAUGAUUGAGAAAUGUCCUCCUGAUGGGGGAGAGUGGAUAUUUGGAACGUUUACACUCGCCGAUCUCUACUUGUUCACAUUUGGAGAUUUUGUGUUGCCGGUUUGCAACGACAUAUUUUCUAGUGUUCCUGAGAUGCAGAAAAUAUACGAAAAAGUGAAAAGUCUUCCCAAGAUUGCCGCUUGGAUUGAAAAAAGACCAGUGACAUUUCUUUAAUUGAAAUAUUUUGGGACAGCAUGAUAAUAUUAAUUGAUUAUCAUAGUGCAUUUAUAUGUUUCUGUAUUGAGUUGUACGACUACAAAUCACUCCUCCCAAACAAACAAAAUAAUGUUUCUGUAGUAAUGCAUUAAUUCACAAUUUUUGUAGUAAAAUAUUACGAACUGGCUCCCGAUAGACUUUUUCAUCUUUCUGUCGGUUUUUGUCCAAAUAUACAAAUUGGAUUAAGAAAGAAAUUGGAACAGCCCAACGAUGUAAAUCAGAGGUGUGCAACCUUUAUUACAGUAGGACCAAAUACAAGUAACUGAGUGAAACCGCGGGCCGCACCUAAACUCUACCUAUACGAAAGGCUCUGAAUACGAAAAUUUAUUGCAUCGGCUAUCGUAGGAGUUUUCUCAUAUACGGAAGGCCGAAAAUCCAAACAACGCGUUUAGUGAUAUUUGUUUAAGUUAAUUCAAUGCUGUGCUUGAAGAAGGGAUGUCCAAUUUGAAUUCAAUAUUUGAAUAAAGUCACUUUCGAA